AUGAGAAUCAUGGCAAAGGGCGGUCUGUGGAAGAACUCUGAGGACGAGGUCCUGAAGACGGCCAUCAUGAAAUACGGCAAGAACCAGUGGGGUCGCAUCUCUUCCCUUAUCGGCAGUAAAUCCGCCAAGCAGCACAAGGCCCGCUGGUACGAGUGGCUCGAUCCUUCCAUCAGAAAGACUGAAUGGACAAGAGAAGAGGACGAGAAGCUGCUUCAUCUCGCCAAGCUAAUGCCCGCACAGUGGAGAAGUAUCGCGCCAAUCGUUGGGCGUACUCCAUCCCAGUGUGUCGAACGCUACGAGAAGCUCCUCGAUUCAGCAGUAGCUUCUGGCAAAGAUGGUAACCGCCACGACGAUGACAACUACGACCCUCGCAAGCUGCGUCCAGGAGAAAUCGACCCGAACCCCGAAUCCAAGCCAGCGCGUCCAGACCCUAUUGACGUGGACGAUGUCGAAAUGGAGAUGAUAUCAGAAGCACGAGCUCGGCUAGCCAACACGAGAGGUAAGAAGGCGAAAAGGAAAGCGAGAGAGAAACAGCUUCAAGAGGCUAAUUUUCUUGCUUGUUUGCAGAAAAGAAGAGAACUUAAAUCUGCUGGCAUUGCUGAUUCUGUUAGUCAAUCUAGGCGGAUGAAAACGAAGGGGGUGAUCGACUACAAUGCUGAAAUUGCAUUUGAGAGGAGGCCGCCUCCUGGAUUCUACGAUGUUAGCGAUGAAGAUCGAGCAGCAGUGGAACGACAACCUAUGUUUAAGUUCCCAAUUACGGUUGCAGAACUGGAAGGGGAAAGACGGGUUGACGCGGAAGCAGAGUUGAGAAAAAAGGACGUUGCUAAGGAUGCAAUUGCUGAUAGGCGGAAUGCUCUAUCGGCUAUCCUGCAAACUAACAGGUCGAAUGAUGGCGAAAUGUUGAUGAAGGGAUCGAAGCUGGUGCUUCCUGCACCGCAGAUUUCUGGUAACGAAUUGAGGGAAAUUGCUAAAAUGGGGUAUGCUACUGCUGGUGGUAAGCUUGAUGGGGACAAGUGA